AUGGCGUUAACUCAGUCACAAAUUCAGCAACAGUCUUCGACUCAUAUGAUGAAGACAACGAGUUGGAAUUUCACGCUGAGACUGAGACAAAAAGAAGUCAUCACCCUGAAAAUUGCCACAGAUAUCCAUGAUUUGUAUUCUACGCUGGUCGUUUCUUUACCUAUGGAGACUCAUCGAAAUUUAUUUCGAAGUUAUUUUAAUUCAUUCACAACCGAAGAGGCAAUAGCCAAUUUGGGUUCUUUGAAAUUUACGCAGUCACAUCGAAUGCCUGAUCCCAAAGAUCCCUCACGCAUAGUAACGACCACAACUACCACAACUUUUAGCAUGACAAAAGAUAUGGCAAAAAGUGUGUGCCAAACUUUUAUGGACGCUAGGUUAUUCGAAAACCUCGCCGACUCGAGCAGUCGAACCUUCAAGGACAAAUGCUUCUAUGGUCUUACGCCAAAAGGUCUGUACAUAUUGGAACGUUUCGUCACCAGGAAUUGUAUCUCAGCUCCACACCUGGCAAAAUUAUUUGCUUUGCAAUCGGCGCCAAUCAAAUUGCACAUUGUUGAAAGGAGCCCGGAAAAUGAUUCCCUUGUCCUUAGUAGUCAAAACGUCGAGUCAACCUUUCAGAGGUUCGCUGGAAAAAAACCUAACGACAUCACUAAUAAAUAUGACGACGUUGAUAAGGAAACCUAUCUAGAUGAAACAUCUGGUUCAUCCCAUGAGAGGAUCAACCGUAACCACGGAAUCGGUGUUAAAGAUCGCACAGUCAACCACAAAUUAUAUCGUCAUACAUUCUCUGGUGCGGCUGCCACCGAUUGGCUGUGUGAUUUUUCAACAUUGAUCACCAAGGAAGAAGCCGUGAAGAUGGCAACCGAGUUUUUGCGUUGCGGUUGGAUAGAAUUGAUUUCGGAUAAAAGCAGUGAUCACAAACGGAAAUCAGAUAAACCGAGUUUGCCGACGUUCAAACACUCGAAAUCUGUCUAUUAUCGUAUUUCAGAGAGCGGAAGUAGGUUCGCCAUGUGGAAUCACGAUCAUUCCAGUCAAGCAUAUUUAAGUGGCACCCAUACGGAUGGAGGUAACGAAAAGAAUGUGAGCUUACGAGAAAUGUUGAGUUAUCACAAUAUUAAGAAUGCUAGAAAUAAGAAUAUCAAUUCUUCACGAAACGGAGAGAAACAUCAUUCAGAUGAUGGCAGUGGUUUGUCUACCAUGGAUUCCGGGACCCAAGUUCCAGGCAUUAAUGGCAAGAUUCUCAGACGUCAUAGAUCUCAACAAAGCUCAACAAGUGACAAAGAUGGGCUAAACUAUUCUUCCUCAAAAGAAUCCAAUGCCAAGAAACUUCAGCAGAUUUUGGAAGAUCCAAAUUUGUGUUCCCUCUUUAUGGACUUUUCGAAAGCAAAUUUUUGCGAAGAAAAUUUAAUGUUCUUACUAGAUGUUAAAAAAUUUAAGAAGAGAUACGACACAAACGCUGGUGAGAACGGUAGAUCACUAGGUCUUCAUGAACAAGAGAGACUCAUCUCCGAUGCAUUCCGAAUUUACAAUACUUAUCUGGCCCCUGGUUCCCCCAACGAACUAAAUAUUGAUCACGGAUUGAGGCAGCAUAUGAUUCAAUACAUGACCUCAAUCGUGACGGCUAGUAAAAGUCCAAACACGGAUCCACAAAAUGAAUCAGAUGACACUGAGAAUACUAUAACGGGUCAUUUGUAUGAUAAGAUUGAGGACACUAUCUUCAGGCUUCUGGCCUCAGAUUCAGUACCUAAAUUCAUCAAGACAGAGAAAUAUUUAGCUUCUCAAGUUCGUAAAUCUGAUGUUACUGGAGAAGAAGAAAGCAUCCGCUCACACAAAUCUAGUUCCUCAGUUUCUGCUACUGAAGAUUCUCAUGGAAUGUUAGCGAAUGAGGAGUUAUAG